ACUCGCACAGAACAGUUAGCAUAGAUGAUCCAGUGUCCCGAAUGAGCAGAUUAGGCAUAGGAAAACGUUCAGAGCUGACUUUUGUCCUCCUUAGCUGACUAUUGGUUGUGUUUAGAAUGUCCGGGUUUCAGGAUAUCUCAGACAUCCAGCAGCUUAUAGUGAGAAAAGAAGAGGUUGUCCCUGAGCAACGGGAGAGGAUCUCCUAUGUGAACCAGGAGGAGUCACCAGAACCAGCACACAUUAAAGAGGAACAGGAGGAACUGUGGAUUAGUCAGGAGAGAGAACAGCUUCAAGGAGCAGAGGAGGCUAAUAUCAACGGUUUCACAUUCAAUCCUGUCCUUGUGAAAAGUGAAGAAGAGGAUGGUGAUGAACCUCAGACCUCAAAACACACAGACACAGAGCAUUUGAAAACAGAAUCUGAUGAAGAGGACUGUGGAGAAUCAGAAGCUGACAGAAACUUUAAUCCAGACAGAUAUUUGCAUCCGGUUACUCCUGAAGAGACUUCACACUUUUCUGGAUCUGACACUGAUGAUAGUGGUGAUUGGGAGGAGAGUGAUGAACCUCAUGAAGGUUCAAACCCUCUGCAAAAGAAACACGUAGCUGUAAGUGGUAUGAAAUGUAACGCUGGAAAUGCAUCAGUUGGCUCCUCCAAAUGUGCUCCAAGCUUUGGAGGGAUCCAAACAGGAGAUAAACCAUUUAGUUGCUCAGUUUGUGGCAAGAGUUACCCCAGCAAGAGAAAUUUACAAAUCCACCUGCGACGUCAUUCUGGAGAAAAACCUUUCAGCUGCUCAGUUUGUAAGAAAAAUUUUAUAUGGAGAGCAGAGAUGGUGACGCACAUGAGAGUCCACACAGGAGAAAAACCAUUCAGCUGCUCAGUUUGUGGAAAAAAAUUUGCUCUUCAUGUUAAUCUAGUGCAACAUUCUCUUGUCCACACAGGAGAGAAACCAUUUAGAUGUUCCAUUUGUGGUAAAAGUUUUUCUCAACAUACAAAUCUGAAGCAACACUCGACUGUCCACACAGGAGAGAAACUGUUUAAUUGUUCAGUUUGUGGCAAAAGUUUCACAAACCAUGGAAAUCUUAAAAAACACUCCGUUAUCCACACAGGAGAGAAACCAUUUAGUUGCAGUGUUUGUGAUAGAAAAUUUACUCAGGCAGUGUCAGUCAAAAGACACAAGUGCAUUGACUGGGAAGAUGAGUAACAGUAAAUGAAAUCUAAAUGUGUUUGCCAAAUUUGAACUUUAAAAUACACAGGCAAAGAACAUUUGUCUAUAUUACAGCAUAUAAAAUUUAAAAAUGUGAUUUAAAAAUGAAACAACUUUGCUUUUUUCCAACAACAUCAUUUCCUUUUAGUUAAUGGGUUCUUCCAGUGUUAAACAAAUCUCCUCAUACACUCAAUGGACAAAAGUAUUUGACCAACUGAUCAUUACACCAGCAGGGACUGUAAUGGCAUUGUAUCCAUCUUGAAAUAAUUUUGGAGUUUUUCCGGGGGAAUAUGUGCACAUUCAUUCUGUAGAGCAUUUAUGAGGUUGGAUGAAAAGUCAUGGCUGUCAAUUUCAACUUUAUCCCAACGGUGGUCAGGACUCUGUGCAGGACAGUCAAGUUCUUCCACACAGAACUCAUCAAACUAUGUCUUUAUAGUCCUUGCUCUGUGCACUGGGACACAAUCAUGUUGUAAUAGAAAAGAGUCUUCCUCAAACUGUUGCCACAAAGUUGGAGGCAAAGCAUUGUCCAGAUACUAUAAGUGUGGCCAAAUACUUCCACAUAGUGUAUUUUACACAUUUGGCUGAACUUUUUCACAAGUUUCGGCAUGUCCAUACUCAGCUGCUACAGUUUUUCCUUCUGUCAUUAUUCCUAAUAUUGAUCUCCUUUUUUUUAUUUUUUUGCUAUAAUAGUCUUAUAGCUUUAACACAGCACUUUUUGAUUUAUCAGUAGAUUUUUUUUUCUCUUUUUGCUUUACUAAUUUACAAAAAUCACUCUUUAAAGGACUUCAAAUGGACUUCAAGAAUACGAACAUUGUCAGAGUGAAAGUAAGAGUCUAAUAAAUGUAUUAAAAUCAUA